AUGGAAGGAAACACUAGAGCACGAAGCUGUGCCUCUGGGGCUGCCCAGAACCAGGGAUGGAGCAGAGCUGCCUACAGCUUGGCACAAGACCUCUGGGGCUGCCCAGAACCAGGGAUGGAGCAGAGCUGCCUACAGCUUGGCACAAGACCUCUGGGGCUGCCCAGAACCAGGGAUGGAGCAGAGCUGCCUACAGCUUGGCACAAGACCUCUGGGGCUGCCCAGAACCAGGGAUGGAGCAGAGCUGCCUACAGCUUGGCACAAGACCUCUGGGGCCCCAGACAGGGGCAGAGACACGGCUUCACGCCUGCCUGUCCUCCUGCCCAGAAUGGAGUUACUGACCAUAGGUCACAGGGCAAAGACCUCGGCCUGUAUUUUCAGAAAGCUCUCAACUCUCCACGCCCAGCUCUCAACUCUUCACGCCCAGCUCUCAACUCUUCACGCCCAGCUCUCAACUCUCCACGCCCAGCUCUCAACUCUCCACGCCCAGCCCUCAACUCUCCACGCCCAGCUCUCAACUCUCAACUCUCCACGCCAACCUCUCAACUCUCCACGCCCAGCUCUCAAAUCUCCAUGCCCAGCUCUCAACUCUCCACGCCCAGCUCUCAACUCUCAACACCCAGCUCUCAACUCUCCACGCCCAGCUCUCAACUCUCCACGCCCAGCUCUCAACUCUCCAUGCCCAGCUCUCAACUCUCCACGCCCAGCUUUCAACUCUCCACGCCCAGCUCUCAACUCUCCACGCCCAGCCCUCAACUCUCCACGCCCAGCUCUCAACUCAACUCCCAGCGAACCUUUUAG